CUUUGAGUAUACACCAAAGUAGUGGGAUUGCUGGAUCAGAUGAUAAUUCUAUUUUUAAUUUUUAAAAGAAGCACCAUACUGUUUUACAUAAUGGCUGUACUAAUUUACAUUCCCAUCAACAGUGCACAAGGGAUCUAUAAAAUAGCCACUAGAGGAAAAAAAGAAUGAAAUAGCUAAUUAAAGCAUGUGUGUGAAUAAGUCAGAAAUGAAAAACAGCUUUGAAAAAAGAUUGAGAAACAGGGAAUUGAAGAGGUUAGGGAAAAGCAAUUAAGAAUCAAGUGGCUAUAGAUCUCUGCAGGUAGAUACAUCUGCCCUCCUUUAAUUUGGGUAAUAGGUAGCAGCUCCUGUUAGAUUCUGAAAUAAAUGGAGAAGCCAAGGAUGAACCUGAACCAAUUUGAUCAGGAGAAAGAAAGGGCCAAUGAAGGUGGAAGGCGAAAGAACACUAAACGCAGGAGACUAUCGAUUCUGAGCACCUAGUGAGUGGAUGGAGCGCUUUGUCCGCCUUCCCUAUGGCUUAUACCAGGGCUAUGGAAACACACUGCCUUUGGGCCAGCCGGGACUCUCAGGGCACAAACAGUCGGACUGGAGGCAAAACAUGGGUCCCCCUACUUUCUUGGCUAGGCCAGGGCUGCUGGUGCCAGCGAAUGCCCCGGACUACUGCAUGGACCCUUACAAGAGGGCGCAACUUAAGGCCAUUCUUGCCCAGAUGAACCCCAACUUAAGCAUACGGCUGUGGAAAGCCAACACCAAGGAAGUGGGCGUGCAGGUGAGCCUGCGGGUGGACAAGUCGGUGCAGUGCUCCCUGGGGCCCCAAACCCUGCGCAGCCGCUCCCCCUGGGACAGCACUGGCCACAGGCAACCGGUGACAGCUUGGGGAGUCUAUUCGCCAGUGGUCAGCCGCAGGGGAUUGAUCCGACUGCAGAAGGAUGAGGAAGAUGGGGAAAACAAGGCGCUUUCAGGCCCCGCAGAAGCCAGCCAGCAGCCACCAACAACGCCAAGGUUAGAAGAUGACAGGCAGGAGGAACUUCGACAACCAGAGGAGUUGGGGGAGGAAGAUGCCUUGUGUCCUCCGGAAAGAAAGAACAAGCAGGUGCCAGGAGUUGCAGCUGCAGAUCCUCUCCGGAAGAGCAACUUCCAGUUUUUGGAACCAAAAUACGGCUAUUUUCACUGUAAAGACUGUAAGACGAGAUGGGAGAGUGCUUAUGUAUGGUGCAUUUCUGGAACUAAUAAGGUUUAUUUCAAACAACUCUGUUGCAAGUGCCAAAAGAGUUUUAACCCUUAUCGAGUAGAAGCAAUCCAAUGUCAGACCUGUUCAAAGUCUCGUUGUUCCUGUCCUCAAAAGAAAAGACACAUUGAUCUAAGGAGGCCUCAUCGACAGGAACUGUGUGGUCGCUGCAAAGACAAGAAAUUCUCCUGUGGCAAUAUUUACAGCUUUAAAUGCAUCAUAUGA